CUUAUACCAUCUCGCCCGUGGUAUGUGGUAUUAUGAUAUGUAUUUCGCUAAUGUUUACGAACUACGAAGUAGUUGUUAGGGCACAUUUAUUGACUAACGGAAAAAAUAAGGCAUUGUUAAAGGUUAUUGAAAAACGUGUAAACUGUAAGGUAUCUUUUAUAUAAGAUGAAUACAUGUAAUUUAUCUAAUUUUUAUGAUAGACCAGUGGUAUUACCUGGCCCAACGAGCCGGAAAAAACGACUAUCUAAGAAUGUAUUUUUACCAGAUACAAAUCCUCAAAGGGAAGAGAAAGGAACAGAUUAUAUAGCAGAAUAUGUACAAAAAGAAGAAGAAGAACUUUUGCGGGCUGCAAGUUAUUAUAAUACAAAUGAUAAAAGUGGUCUUGAAAAUGUAUCAGUAGGUACAUACGUCACGGAAGAUAUGCAAAAUGAACAAACAUUAAACAUUUACAAAACAUAUCAGUUUGCUUAUCAUGCAAAUCCUAAUUUAGUAGUUAGUAAUAAAAGAGAUCAGAUAGUAUCUAUGAUUGAAACUAAUUCAGUUGUAGUAAUUCAAGGGCCGACUGGUUGUGGCAAAACUACACAAGUACCGCAAUUUAUUUUAGAUUCCUGUUAUAAAAAAAGACUUCAUUGUAAUAUUAUAGUUACGCAGCCUAGAAGAAUUGCUGCUAUAAGCAUCGCAAAACGUGUCAGCCAAGAAAGACAGUGGCCAAUAGGUACCCUUAUUGGAUAUCAAGUAGGUCUGAUAAACCACACAAGUAAAGAUACACGUCUAACAUAUUGCACUGCUGGGGUUCUUUUACAUAAAUUGGUAAAUAACAAAAACAUGUUGGACUAUACACAUGUCAUACUUGAUGAAGUUCAUGAAAGGAAUGAAGAUAUGGAUUUUCUUCUCCUUGUUGUUCGAAAGCUAUUAUAUACAAAUUCACGUUCAGUAAAAGUUAUUUUGAUGUCUGCUACAUUUGAUGUAGAGAGAUUUGCUAAAUAUUUUUCUUCACCUGUGGGAAAUAAACUUGUUCCUGCCCCUGUUAUUGACAUUCCAAAGAAAACAUUUUUUAAUGUUGGUAUCUAUUAUCUUUGUCAAAUGGUUACAUUAGGACCGAUACCUGAAGUUUCUGCUACCAAACCAUGUAUUACAAGCAAAAUGUUGGAAUUUUGUGUUAAUCUUAUAAAAGUUCUUGAUGAUGUAGACAUGAAAGCUGAUGAUGCAAAGUAUGAUUCAGAAACAAAUCUUUAUGAGAGACAUGUGAUUCUCAUAUUUUUGCCAGGAAUUAAUGAGAUUGAGGAAAUUAAUAAUUUGUUGUGUUUACCAAAACAUGAACAGAGUAAGUGGGAUAUAGUGAUAUUACAUUCCUCAAUUACAAGUGAAGAACAACAGAGGAUUUUUCAAAAACCACCCCAUGGCUAUCGUCGUCUUAUCUUAUCUACAAAUAUUGCUGAAAGCAGUAUUACUGUUCCUGAUGUAAAAUAUGGUUUGUUAAACUACAACAAAAGAAAGUUUGUAUAUAAAGCAAUAUUUAACUUUAUAUUUUUUUCAGUAAUUGAUUUCUGUUUAAUAAAACAUCUUAUUACGGAUCCACAUACGAAUUUUUCGUGCUUAGAGUUAAAAUGGGCGAGUAAAGCAAAUUGCGAACAAAGAGCAGGUCGCACAGGUCGAGUAAUGGAUGGUAGAGUAUAUAGAUUAGUACCACAAACAUUUUAUGAGAAUGUUUUGCCCCAAGAAGUAUCACCUGAAAUAUUACGAGCUCCAUUAGAAAAUCUAAUCCUCAAAUCAAAGUUGUUAGAUAUGGGAGAACCUAAAGCUAUUUUAGCACUUUCUCUUGAUCCACCUGAUCUUAGAAAUUUAGAAAACACAAUACUAUUAUUAAAGGAAACAGGAGCAUUGCUAAAUAAGAUCAAUGAAAUACAACCUUUUGAUGGAGAAUUAACAGAUCUCGGUCGAGUUAUGGCUAAUCUACCACUAAAUAUCCAUGUAUCGAAACUAAUUAUGUUAGGCCAUGUUUUUAGUGUUUUAAAAGAUACAAUAAUUAUCGCAGCUGCUUUGUCUGUAAAAGAUAUGCUUAAUAAUCCAUUUCAACAAAAACUGUUGGCCUUCAAUGUCAGACUUAAUUGGGCAGCUAAUUCUUGCAGUGACUGUGUAACUUUCAUGAAUGUAUAUAAGGUAUGGAUUGCCGAAAAAGUUAAUCGUCGAUUAAAUAGUGAUGCAGAAGAAAGAAAGUGGGCAAUUAGAAAUUUUGUACAAAUCAGAGUGUUGCGCGAGGUUAAAGCACUGGUAACAGAAUUAACGCGUAGAUUAGAAAACUUAGGUAUACAAGAAAGUGCCGGUGUCAAUAAAGUUGUUUGGACAGAAGACGAACGGCCAUUUAUUUUAAAAAUCGUAAUUGCUGGUGCAUUUUAUCCGAAUUACUUUAUCAAUAACGUACCAGCAUCAGAAAGUAAAUUGAAUGAACAUGCUGGAAUAAAAUUACUAGGUGGUUUAGAUCCCUUGAGGACAGUAUAUUUACAAGGUUGGCCUUUAAAACAACCUGGACUAUUAUAUGCCCGCAGAAUUCAGGAUAUCUUCAAGAAGAAUUUGAAGAUGUCUACAGGAAAAAUAAAUGUAUCUUUUGACAAUUCUUCUCGCGUUUACGUUCAAUUCAUUCAAGGAAUGUCUGAAAAACAACAUAAAAAUGAAGCAAGAGAAAUAUCUCCAUUUAUUUAUAAAGCAAUCAGAAUGAGACAUUGCAAUAUCCCCAUAGAGAUACCAAUUUUACAUGAAGAUAUGGCUCUGCAACGAGCAACUGAGAUGAAUUUAAAGCAAAAAUCCUAUUUUACUCCUAAAAGUGUGUUAAAGGACAAAAUUAAACCUGAAUUACCGGGUUUGCGAAUAACUCGCAUUCCUCUAAUUAUGCAAAACAUUAAAAAUCCUGGUUGUUUUUGGGCUCAACAACGUAAUUCUAUAAUUAUGAAAAGACUGAAUAAAAUAGAAUCAGCUAUUAAACAAAUGCAACAUCAAUUUGAAACAUUCAAGGUGGCUCCGGAAAUUGGCACAAUUGUAAUCGCUCCAUAUGAAGAAAACAAUCGCAAAACAUAUCUUCGGGCAGUAGUGGAAGGUCAUGUAUCAUUACCAGAAAUAUUAGUACGACUAUUUUUUAUUGAUUAUGGUUAUUCAAGUGAAUGUCGAUUGUGCGAUUUAAAACGUUUGGAGAAUGAUAGUGAUAUUUUUGAUAUUCCUGCAUUAGCGCUCAAAUGCAAAUUAGCAAACAUUCGACCAUCUGUAGCACAUAAUUUCAGUGAAGAUUGGUCACAGGCUGCAUGUGAUCUAUUCUGGACAUUAAUUAAUAAACCUGGUUUCCUUUUUGGAGAAAUUUAUUCUGUUGUCAAUAGCGUUGUUGUGAUUGACUUAAUUCAUAAAAAUGAAGAAGACGAAAUUAGUAUAAAUCAGUGUCUUCUUGAAAAAACAUUUGCAAUAAAAAAAGAGGAAAAUUAUUUGUCACGUUUUAAUCAUAAUUUAAGAUUGCAACAAUCAGAUAUGUCGGAUGAACAAUGUUAUUACUAUGAAAAGUUACAGUAUGAUCAAGACAAUAUGUCCGAUAUCUAUCCAGAUCCUCCUGCAGUUGCAGAAUGCAACACAUCAGAAAAAUUACGAGGUCCAUUUUCACCACUAGAAAUUGAUUUAAUUCAUCUUAUUAAGGCUGGUAGAGAUAAAACUGUGAGAAUGGCGAUGAAUUCGGUAAAUUCUGUUCUUUUGGACACUGAUCCUGAAGAUUCUUCUCACCGACUUUUAGUAGCAGCAUCCAUUUCUCAAAGUGCACGUGGUCAAAAUUUAACAUUAUAUAAUACAACAUUAAUGCCACGUAUUCCUGGUUUAACUGCCUUAAUUGUAUUGAUUUUUACGCCAUAUAUGGAAUUGCGACGCAAUAAUUUUGGAACCUGUUAUGUUGGCGCAUUAUGUGGAUUAGGUUUUGAUCCUAUUAGAAAGAAUAGUAUUUAUCCGGAACACGAUAUAGAACUUUAUUUUGACACCGAAAUUACUAUAGAUGAUUUACAAUUUAUAAAUAGACUACGUCAUUGGAUGAAUAUUGGAAUGCAAAUUAAUCAACAAUUUAAUAGCAAUAACAAUAUGGAAGAAAUUAUUAUCUGUCAGAAUAGAAUAAAAGAUGCAUUGUUCAACUUAAUUGAGAAAGAAAGAAAGAUUCAAGCUACAGAAUUAAUUAAUAAUUUUGAUAAAUGGAACUUGUAUAAUGAAAAGCUGUUGCUUCGGCCUAAUAAACAAUCCAUGAUCACUAAUAGUAUAUACAGACUCCAUAAUGCAUUAGAAUUGGAAGAAGCAAAUGAAAUACAUGAAAUUAUAGAACAUAUAAAAGAUUUACGAUUAUUGGCAACUGAAGAUCCAAGGAAAACUGGAAUUACUCAAAUUCCUUGUAAAUUAUGUAACAUUACAGUAUGUGAUAUAUUUGACCUUCGCAAUCAUUUGUACACAGCGAGGCACAGGCAAAACGAAAAUAUAUUAGGAGUUAAACUUUGAACCAUAACAUGACAGACUACACAGACUAUUAUUAUUAUUAUUAUUAGUAAGUAACUAUAAAAUAUAAAAUGUUUACUAUUCUACAUAUUGAAGAUAUAUCAUUGGAAGAAUUAAACUUCUAUCAACUUUAUUUUAUUUAAAACAUACUUUUUGUUACAAAUGUUUAAGUUUCGUUCAUAAUGUAUAUUACUUUGUUAUGAUAACAUAACGCAUUUUUAUUUGAAUUCUAUAUUUAGAAAGCGUGAUGACUAUACUUUUUUUUUUGUAAUUUUACAAAAUUAUGACUAAUAUUCAUUUGCUGUGUAA